AUGGACUCGGUGCAGAGCGCACAGGUCACCGACAUGGGAGGGGAGCACUCCGCCGGGGUCUGCCUGGUGGAACGGGACCGGGAGAGGGGCGAGGUGUCCAGCCCGAGUCCCCCGGCCAAGCAGCGCUCCCUGCGGGUGGUGUACGUCCUGAACGACGGGCUGAAGGCGGUGAUGGCCAGCAGCCCGGAGUCCGGAGCUCUGCAGUGUCUGCAGAGAGCCUGCGACUCCGAGAGCGCGCUGCUGACCACGGUGACCUUCGGCCGGCUGGACUUCGGAGAGACGUCGGUGCUCGACAGUUUCUACGAUGCAGGUGCGUGACUGAAAAAGCGUGCGCGUCUAUACACAGGGUGUUAUAGUUUAAACGUUUGUGUGCGUGUACUUGCACGCGACUGCUUCGAUGUCACGUGACUAUUUUCCUUCAACUAUUUAAAGUCACCUACUGUAACCCACUGAUAACUUUAUCUAUUCACUUAGUAUUUGACAUGUUUGAUUUUAUUUUUGUAUUUAAAUAUAUGGUGGCCGAAAACCGCCACUGCUGCAAAUUAAAAAGAAUGCAAAACGAAAAACGAAACAGUGUAGAUAAAAAAGCCGCAACAGAAGUUAACGGCGCCAAAAAAAAAUAAAAAUAAAAAAUUAGGCGAUGGAAAAAAAGUUAGUAACUGCAAAAAUAAAAGGAUGCAAAUAAAAAGAUGAACUGAAGCCAACAUUACACUGACAUCCUCCAGUUCAACUUCAUAUCGACUCAGGCGCUACAUGGUCUAACCAAACAACACAUUAAAAAGUUUACAAAGUGAAAUUAAACAAUAACCUUUCCACGAACUUCUUUGUUCGUCUGCUCGCCGUCGUCUUCUGUGCCUAGAUCGUAAAACACUGGUGCAUCAUCCUAAUUGGUCCCCGGCCGCUCACAUCCAUUGCGGCUGUUUUUUUAAUUUGGAUCCUUUUAUUUCUGCAGUGAGUAACUUUUUAAUUUUAUUGCCACUUUUUUCUUGCGUCAUUAACUUCCGCUGUGUUUUUUUUAACCUGCACUGUUUCAUUUUUUAUUUGCAGCAGGCUUCGGUUUCUUUUUCUUUUUUUUUGUGAGAAGACAGGUAACGAAGUUCGUGGAAAGGUUAUUGUUUAAUUUCACUUAAAUCUCAGUAUGAAGUUAUUCUUUGUCUUUGUUUUUGGACUCAGAUGUGGUUUCAGCAGAGCAGCAGAGAUCGACUCCCUUUUUCCUGCUAAAUAAAUCAACGAGAGACUUUUGUACUGGGUCAGGUAUAAGACCUCCAUUUGAGCCAUUUUCACUCAUGCAUUUUUGGGCACCCCUUCUGAGAUGAUGAGAUACACCCUGAAGAAUGUGUGUACCAAAUUUGGUGCUUUUAUCCACCGCAUAACAAUUUGGCCAUUUUUUCAAGUUAACAGACCCUACUAUGAGGUGGUGUGUUCGAGCCUUUUUUGGGACAAGGUGAAUUUUGAAGUCUAGUGUCUAGACAGGAAAGUGAAAGAGGAAACAAGUGGUAUAAUCCUGUGUAUUCAAGUGGCUCAGGGGAUAAGAACACUGACUGUGACUCCUGAGGUCGUCGGUUCGAGUCCUGCCUUGUGCACUUCUUGGUGAAUUUUGAAGGUCUAGAGUCUACAAAGUACAGUGAUAUAUGAAAAAAUUAUUGUUGUCGCGUGUGUCCACACGAGUCAGUGGGUUCAAGCCUAUUGGGGACGCCCUCUGCUCAGCCACCGGCCAUCCGCCGCCCCCCCUAUCAUCCCCCCAACAACCCUUCUCCCCAUCCUUACUCUAAAGUUCAGCCUGCUCUGACUUCCUGUAGCAUAAGCCCCCUAUUUUAUCUCUCUGGAAACACCGGGGGUGUAAGCCCACAACACUGGGCUGAGCGGGUUUCGAACCAGGGCUGCCCAGCUGACCAGCAUUUGGGUGUCAGUUGCAUACCCCCUGCGCCAUGUGGACAUAGAGGAGUCUUCUGUUUUUUUCCUAUUUCACUGUCGUUUGGAGACACAAGGCUUUAAAAUUCACCUCAACUUGGGUUAGGUGAGGCUUGAACCCACAACCUUAGGAGUGGCAGGCAGUCUCCUUAUCCUCUGAGCCAUGUUGACACAGAGGAGUCUUCUGGUUUUUUCCUAUUUCACUGUCGUUUGAAGACACAAGGCUUUAAAAUUCACUUCAACUUGGGUUAGGUGAGGCUUGAACCCACAACCUUAAGAGUGCCAGCCAGUCUCCUUAUCCUCUGAGCCAUGUGGACACAGCCCCACACUGGGCUUUUGAUUGACAUGGCCAAUCAAAAGCCCAGUCUCACCUUCAGAACAGAGCUUCACAGUUUGUACCCAACAGUCAUUGCCAAGGAUCCAGAACUGAUAAUCAGGACUUUUAGGCUGGGUGAAUAAAAAAUUAAUGGUUGGAAAAUUUAGCAGGAGUUAUCUUGUUUGUGUUUUUACAUUUUGGAGGAGCUGACAGAUGAAGACAAGGCUUGGCAUUAUUUCAAUGUGAUUAGACCCAGAACAUUGCUCACACCAACGAAAUGCAGGUGCUUUGAGCUGGAAUUGGACCAGCUACCUUAGUAUCACAGCAUUUCAUAUGAGGAACGUCCUACAGUCCUCUGCUCUAACAAGUGAGCUAUCAAGGUGCUCUCUACUCACAACUGCAGAAAACAUAGUGGCUGAGACGACACACUAUUCCCACACAACUAUUCGACCCACAUGGUCAAUGAAAAGCCUAGCCCUACCUGCAGAAGAAAGCUUUGCAGUUUGUACCCAACAGUCAUUGCCAGGGACCCAGAACUGAUAAUCAGGACUUUUAGGCUGGGCUUUUGAUUGACAUGGCCUUUUUUGGGACAAGGUGAAUUUUGAAGUCUAGUGUCUAGACAGGAAAGUGAAAGAGGAAACAAGUGGUAUAAUCCUGUGUAUUCAAGUGGCUCAGGGGACAAGAACGCUGACUGUGACUCCUGAGGUCAUAGGUUCGAGUCCUACCUUGCCCACUUCUUGGUGAAUGGUUUACAGAUUUUAGUGAGUUCAGAGAUCAUGCUCUCAUACAGCCUGAGCUGACUGUCUGCUGUUUUUGGAUUUCUUGUAUUUUCUUUGAAGACACGCUGCGUCUCCAAGCGAGUCCAGCCUCUCACCCGAAAUGCGAAGCUGUGCAGCGGCCCGCAAAGAAUUCUGGGAUACCGACGGCACACUUGGUUUUGCAGUAUGAAUGUAUUCUUUGUCUUUGUUUUUGGACUCAGAUGUGGUUUCAGAGCAGCAGAGAUCGACUCCCUUUUUCCUGCUAAAUAAAUCAACGAGAGACUUUUGAACUGGGUCAGGUAUACGACCUCCAUUUGAGCCAUUUUCACUCAUGCAUUUUUGGGCACCCCUUCUGAGAUGAUGAGAUACACCUUGAAGAAUGUGUGUACCAAAUUUGGUGCUUUUAUCCACCGCAUAACAAUUUGACCAUUUUUUCAAGUUAACAGACCCUACUAUGAGGUGGUGUGUUCGAGCCUUUUUCGGGUUUUUUCCUAUUUCACUGUCGUUUGAAGACACAAGGCUUUAAAAUUCACCUCAACUUGGGUUAGGUGAGGCUUGAACCCACAACCUUAAGAGUGCUGGGCAGUCUCCUUAUCCUCUGAGCCAUGUGGACACAGCCCCACACUGGGCUUUUGAUUGACAUGGCCAAUCAAAAGCGUGAAUUUAUGCACGCUUUCGUGCCGUCGGUAUCCCAGAAUUCUUUGCGUGCCUCUGCACAGCUUCGCAUUUCAGGUGAGAGGCUGGACUCGCUUGGAGACGCAGCGCAUCUUCAAAGAAAAUACAAGAAAUACUAAAUAUCUCGAAAUACUAAAAUGUUUGGUUUACAGAUUUUAGUGAGUUCAGAGAUCAUGCUCUCAUACAGCCUGAGAUGACUGUCUGCUGUUUUUGGAUUUCUUGUAUUUUCUUUGAAGACGCACUGCGUCUCCAAGCGAGUCCAGCCCAUAGACCGUAUAUAAGAUGGACAGAGUCUGCCUCCUCACUGGGUGAAGCCACUCCGAGAACAGCACCCUCUGAUGGUGGGCUGCAGUACAGGUCAUAAAUCCCGCCUCCGCCAGCAAAGCUCAUGGGAUUGUGACAAACUUUAGAAAUUUAUUACACAGAACAUAAUUUUUUCUCCCCCCUGGUUGUGAUGUUGACAUAUAGUUACAGUCAGACUGGUUUGUGCCCAAGUCCUUUAUUUCCUGUACAGCUCCGUUUUUAAAAGUUAUUAGGGGGUUCAUGUUUUCUAUGAUUGACACCUGGUACAGCCUAUGGGCGUUCAGGGAUGCGUAGCUCUUCCGGGGGAAUACGCUGUUUGAGCCGAGCGUCAUCACAGGGAAUGCGCACAACGCUACUGCACAGCUCUGGUUUCAAGGAAGUGGAGAAAAACCGAAAUGCGAAGCUGUGCAGCAGCAAGCAAAGAAUUCUGGGAUACCGACGAAAGCGUGCAUGUAUGCAUGUAUGCACGCUUGAAAAAGAGGCGGGGGUAGUGUGGUUUUGAGACCGAAUUUGAAGCGCGCUUAGUAUUUUGUGCCAAAAGGGACACCGUUCAUGCCGCGUGAUGACCUCACGCACGCUUCAAAUGCGCCGUUCGACGGUUGCGGUCUCUGAAAUGAGACACAGCCAGAGAUGUACAGGUAAGAACUUUAUUUUUCACCUUCUUCACUGUUUUAAUCAGCACACAGAAAUCUGCUCGGAGGCUCCGGAUAAAUCCACACGAACAACGAUCGUCUGUGAAAAACUCAAACCAAACUAAAUCUGAAUAAAAGUAUUUUUUACCGAAAUAUCUCUCAGACUCAUCAUUUGUUCGCGUGUACGUUUUUAUUUUUAUCUAUACAGUCCUACAACAACACGUCGAUCUAUCUAAUGUGAACACUUGUUUUGUUAAACCGCCUAAACGCUGCCGUACUGCUAAAUACUACUAUGUAAAUAAGGAAAUGCAUGUACGGUGCGACCGUUUCACUCAUUUGCGACUUAAAAUAGAUGUGUGCAGAUGUAAAAGGUGUUUAGGCAACAGAAGUUAUUUUUUCCCUUAACAGUAUAUUUACUAUCCUGUUACUGCUUUUGUCCUCCCUUUUAAUUGCAUUUUCCCUUUUUCUUAACUAUUUUAUAUUUCUAUUUUGUUUUUCAUUGUCUCAUUUUAUGUUGCUUGGUUCUUGUAUUGUCUGGGUUCCUUAUGACAUGAAAAUGACCUUUAAUUCUGUUUUAACUGAGCUUUUUGUUUUUUUUCUGUCUUUUUCCAUGUGCUCCAUGACUUUAUGUCAAAGCACUUUGUAAACUCCUGUUUUUUAAAAGUGCUAUACAAAUAGUAAUUAUUAUUAUUAUUAGGGCCGCAGAGACUGUUGACGAUCAGACAGUGUUGUGUUGUUGUGUUAUCAUGCUGUAUUGUUUGGUGUUGUACCUGACUAGUGUUGAUUUACUCCGUCCAUAAUACUUCCAACUUCUUCUGGACAUCUGGACCAGGGUACCAGCUGCUCAUCCAUCUAAUCUGUGCUCUCUCUCUCUCUCUCUCUCUCUCUCUCAGAUAUCGCAGUCGUGGACAUGAGCGAUGUGUUUCGACAGCCUUCCUUGUUUUACCAUCUGGGUGUUAGGGAGAGCUUCGACAUGGCCAACAACGUCAUCCUAUACCACGACACUGACCCUGACACUGCCCAGUCACUGAAGGUACACACACACACACACACACACACACACACACACACACACACACUGACACACACACUGUGACACAGACACACAUACACACUGAUUUGGAUGUCUGCUGAUGUAUCUGGAGUCCACAGAUGCCGUUCUUAAGCACCUCCUCAGAACAAAGUGAACCAUCAAGUUAUUUACAGUCUGGUGUGUGUGUGUGUGUGUGUUUGUGAGUGUGUGUGUAGUCCAGUCAGCCCUGCACUUUGUUACCAGGGGAAACAGCUGCUCGCAGUAGUUAUGUAAAAUCACAACUCGGCGUGCGUUUGUGCGUGAGCGAGGACACACACCUCAUAUCUGAUUUCAGUCUUGAAAUCUGAUCCCUCAUGCUUUUUGUUUUAUCUCCCUGCAGGACAUGGUGGCGCAGAAAAACACAGUAAGUGUGUGUGUGUGUGCGAGAGUGUGUGUGUGUGUGUGCGAGAGUGUGUGACUGCUGGGCAGUGAUUUAUGUCCACCCUGUGUGUUCAUCUAUUUCUGGAAUAAUAUUUGUGACCAACACCGAUCAUGCUUUCACGCAACUCAUUCAGGAAUGUGUAUCUGCAUACCCUCCUGCUCUCUCUCUCUCUCUUAAUCACACACACACACACACACACACACACACACACACACACACACACACACACAAAGAAAAACACGCAAUCAUGCAUGGCAGCGUCCUCCAGAAUGGAAACUUACAUGUCAUCGAUUCAUCUUCAUGAUUGAUUUUAUCUGAUUUGUCUGUGUGUGUGUGUGUGUGUGUGUGUGUCUGUGUGCGUGUUGUGUGUCUGUUGUGUGUCUGUUGUGUGACUGUGGAGAAGGCCUCUCGUCCUCCAGCAGUAGGUUUUCCCUGGGUUCAGUUACCUCCAGAGUACAGAGGCUCUGGAUUGCGCAAUAAAGUAGGUACCAUGCUGCACUAGAGCAUGAUGGGAGAUUUGCUCACAGACUAAAAACAAUAAUAAAGAUUUUACGGCUGUAACAGAAGACGGGCUAAAAAUACUAAACCUGAAACGCCUCAGCAGCACGUUACUAGCAGACGCCGCGGACACUGAAGGAGAUGUUUUUUUGGAGAUGGUGGUGUCCGAACUUUGCUGCGUCAUAAAUCACUCCUGAAAAACUCAACGGAGUUUUAUUACCUCGACUUGUCUUUACUGAACAUCCUCAGUGGUUUCCUGAUCCUCUGCUGACCCAUCUUGUCUAACUCUUGAAUGAUCCCCCCUGUUACCGUCCUCAUCUUCUCCUUUUUCCCUGCUUGUUUUGUUUUUACCUGAUAAACUUGAGCAUGAAGUCACACCUCUGUUUCCCCACUCUCUUGACAAAGAAGUGACGCUUUUUCUCUCCUCCUUCCAGGCGUCCAGCGGUAACUACUACUUCAUCCCCUAUAUCGUGACUCCGAACCACGAGUACAUGUGCUGUGAGAGCGACGCCCAGCGCAGGGCCAGCGAGUACAUGCAGCCCAGCUGGGACAACCUGCUGGGGCCGCUCUGUGUCCCCCUGACCGACCGCUUCACCAGCCUGCUGAAGGACAUCCACGUCACAUCCUGGUGAGACACGUUUGAGCUCCAACACCGACUCACUGAAGACCUUAUUAUUAAAGAAGCUUAUUGAACGUAUCAUAUUAUAGAUUAUUAAAUGAUCAAACCUUUAAAUUUCUUAUCAGACCGGAUCGUUUGUUUCUUUUCAUUCCGUUAUAUCAUAUUGAAUCAUGUUAUAACAUAUCUUGUCCUUUUGUAUCACAUUAUAUUGUUUUGUAUUGGAUCUAUUGUUGUAUAGUAUCAUCUUAUUGUGAUGUAAAGUGUUAAAUUGUAUAAAUCAUAUUAAUUUGUAUCUAACAAUAACAUAAAAAAUCAAAUUGACUCGUUUGGAACUGUAUUGCGUUAUACUGUUUUUCUAUUGUAUUGUGUUUUAUGAUAUCAUAAUGUUAACAACAAAGUUAUAUUUAGAGAAAAAAAGUUAAAAUUUUCAAAAAGUUUUGAUUUUUUCCAAAAAAGUAGAGAUUUCUCCUCAAAGUCGCAAAUUUUGCUUUUGAACUUUUGUAAACGAACAUUUAAACCUCCUUCCUCCUUGUUUUCUGUCACCCAUCAUCCUUUCAUCAUCCUUUCUCUUCCUUGUCUUUUUUAUUCUAUCACUCUUUUUCUGUGCAGUGCGUCUUUUAAGGACACGCUGCUGAAUGACAUCAGGAAAGCCCGAGAGAAGUACCAGGGGGAGGAGCUGGCCAAGGAACUCUCCAGAAUCAAGCUCCGGAUCGACAACACAGAGGUCCUGACGCAGGACAUCGUCAUGAACCUGCUGUUUUCUUACAGAGACAUUCAGGUACAGGACUCACACGGAGAAACGGGAACAACAACUAAAAUAAUGAAAUACAUUUAAAUUUAAAGGGAUAUUCUGGUGUAAAAUUAAUUUAGGGUCAAACACACCGUAACACUGAGUUAGACCCCCCCUCCAGAGAUGAAUGUUGCCGACUGCUUGCUUUUCUAGUUAUACCAACUUUAGUAACGAGUCCAUUAAGGACUACAGCGGGGUGCCGCAGCUCAAGGAAGAACAUUUAUGAUAAUUUCUUCAUGGAAAUACAAUCAGACCGAGACGCUAAGACAGAAGAACUACCCAAAUAAUAAAGAAAUGAUCAUAAAUGUUCUUCCUUGAGCUGCGGCACCCCGCUGUAGUCCGUAAUGGACUGGCCUGAGGUCUCGCUACAAACAAGCGGCUGCUGGAAGAGAGUAGGUGAGUUGUGUUUAGUCUCUUUGCUAAAGAAAUGAGUCAAAGUUAAAAAGAUGUUUGGUGUCUAGUACUAUGUCUGUGACCCUAUAUGUCCUGUUGAUGAAGUUAGGUGCUGUUCUGAGCAUUAUUUGUGGCUAUAGAGUGGCGUUUUGGUUGAGGGCGUGGCUCUCUGUAUUUCUAUCCUGUGGUCGUUACUAAAGUUGGUUUAACUAGAGAAGUAAGCGGUCGGAAACAUUCAUCUCUGGAGGGGGGGUCUAACUCGGGGUUACGGUGGGUUUGACCCUAAAUUAAUUUCACGCUGAAAUAUCCCUUUAAUGCAUUUAUUAUUUAUUACUUAAACAGGACUAUGACGCCAUGGUGAAGCUGGUUCAGACUCUGGAGAUGCUGCCGACUUGCGAUCUGGCCACACAGCCCAUGAUCCAGUUCCACUACGCCUUCGCCCUCAACAGGUAUAUCCUGUCCAAUCAGAGACCUGCUUUUGUACCGAUUAUGUCUGUUUAUAUUAACAGUGAAAGUAGUGGACUGAAAUCUUUUAAACCUUUUUAACUCACUCGGGUUUGAAGACUCAGAACUUCAAACUAACAUGUAGAAACAGAGUCCUGCAUUGUUCCUUAUUAUAAUUGAAAACUUUCCUGUGUGCAGGAGAAACAGUCCAGGGGACAGGGAGCAGGCUCUCCGAGUGAUGCUGCAGGUCUUACAGUCCUGUGAACAUCCAGCGCCGGAUAUGUUCUGCCUCUGCGGACGGAUAUACAAGGACAUCUUCCUGGACUCGGACUGUAAAGACACUAAAAACAGAGACAACGCCAUCCAGUGGUGAGAACACUCAGACGCUCAUUCAGUCUCUCUGUGUGAUUAUCGUCCAGUUUUUCACCUCCAUCUACAUGACUUUUGACCCGUAGGUACAGGAAAGGUUUUGAGCUGCAGCCGACUUUAUACUCGGGCAUCAAUCUGGCCGUCCUCCUCAUCGUUGCGGGUCAACAGUUUGAGAGCUCCAUGGAACUGAGAAAAAUCGGUGAGAAACUCUCAUGUUCGCGAACUCGUCAGGUGCAGAUAUGAAUGACACCUUUCUCGUGGUCAAACUUUGUCAGGAUUUUUCUGGGUUAGGUGUAUUUUUAUUUAUGCACUCGCUUCACAGGUUAGCGAGGUUUUAGUCCGGUUAACGAAAAAGCUGAAUUUUCCUGAACUCUUGUUUCAGGCGUGCGGUUGAACAGUCUGCUCGGUCGGAAAGGCUCCCUGGAGAAAAUGAACAACUACUGGGACAUCGGUCAGUUUUUCACCGUUAGCAUGCUAGCUAACGACAUCCCCAAAGCGACUCAGGCUGCGGAGAAGCUCUUCAAACUCAAGCCGCCUCUCUGGUAAAGACGCGCCGUGACGCCCGCAGAUCUAGAUUUAUAAAGAAACAGUAUUUCUGAUCACUGUCAUGUCCGUGUUUCCAGGUAUUUAAAGUCGGUGGUUCAGAACCUGCAGCUGAUCCAGAGGUUUAAGAAACAGUCGGUGGAGCACUCACCUCUGAGGGAGAGACUCAACUUCUGGAUGGACAUCAUCGUGGAGGCCACACAGGGAACCACCAACCGACUGCGGUUUCCAGUACGGACACACUCACACGUAAAAAAACGAACUUUAUCGUCUCUUUGGUGACGCUCUCAAACAGGCGUGUUCGUUCCUCUGACACAGGUGCUGAUCCUGGAGCCCACCAAAGUCUACCAGCCGUCCUACGUGUCCAUAAACAACGAGGCCGAGGAGAAGAACGUCUCCAUCUGGCACGUUUCUCCUGCUGAAACUGUGAGAACACCGACAGGACACUGACAUCCACACUGAGUCCAGUUAGAUCGUCUGAUAUUAGAGCUUUAGGUGGUCAGGGUUACACAGAGAUGACAACAGUGUAAGUAAAUAUAAUGAAGGUGUAACGGCGCUGAUCUGAUCUUUAUUUCAGAAAGGGAUCCAUGAGUGGAACUUCACCGCCAUGUCCAUCAAAGGGAUCAGGUACGGUUUUAGAGGCGGAGCUGAAUUUCAUUAAAAACUGUAUAUUUGAGAGUCCGGUUUGGUUCAGUUAGUGGAGUAUUUACCCCGAAGACUGGGACUCCAGUCCUUGUCUUUGGUUGUAGGAUCAGUCUUUAGUCUUGGCAUGGUUUUGGACAUGUCUGUCUUCCUCUCUGCUCCUAUAUUUCCUUUCCCUCUUAAGCUGCCCUUUCAAAAUAAAAGCAAAAACAUUGUUCCCCUCAAAGCUCCUGUGAGGAACUUUUGGUUUGUGCCAAAUUUGGCGCCCCCUGUGGACAAAAUGGUCUUUACUUACAGUGUCUGCGACAUUAUGACAAAAGUCUCAUCCUCAUCCCUCACUCCAGUUUCAGGCUUUAAAAAUUACAAAAAAAAUGUCAUUCUUUGUCCCUGAUAGUCUCGUCUGCUUUUGGAUGUCAGAAAAAAGAAAUACUGUAAAUUUAAGGCUAUUAUAUGAAUGUGAAAACUCCCGACUAGAACCUUUUAUAUAUAAUCAGAAAUUAGUGAAACUUCUUUUAGAUUAACUAGAACUUCCUCUUCAGGUUAAAGACAAUAUUUGAAUCACUGAAUCUCGGACGACUUUCUGCUCCAUCCCGUGUAAAAGACGGUUCAAGAAAGUGGAUUUCACUGCUGUAGAAAAUCUGGAAAUAAAACGAUCUUUUUACUUUCUAAUCUGCAGUAUCAGUAAAUUCGACGAGCGCUGCUGCUUCCUCUACGUCCACGACAACUCCGACGACUUCCAGAUCUACUUCUCCACGGAGGAGCAGUGCGGUCGGUGAGGACACACACCUCUAGAUGUGUCUGUGUAGGUGUUUGUUUGUGUUUGUGCAGGACGUGUGUGCGGCUGGAAUAACCCGGGGUUCGUACAGUAGAAAGAAGGUUUAAGACGAUGUUCAUGUGUGUUUCAGGUUCUGCUCCAUGGUGAAGGAGAUGAUCACUGACGGUACGGGGAACGCGGUGGAGCUGGAAGGCGAGGGAGACGGAGAUACGCUGGAGGUCAGAGGGCGUCUGUAACAGACCUGAAUUAUAAUUUUACAGCAAAUUAAAGAAAAUAAACGAUCACCUUGAUUUUUUUUUAACAGUAUGAGUACGACACCAACGAGACGGGCGACCGGGUGGUGUUGGGAAGAGGCACGUAUGGAGUGGUGUAUGCUGGGAGAGACCUCAGCAACCAGGUUCGGAUCGCCAUCAAAGAAAUCCCGGAGAGGGACAGCAGGUAGAUCUCCGUUUGGUCAGUCAAACUUUGUCCUCCAGGUACAGGACUCGUUUGAUUAACCCUUUCCCGUCUGUGUGCCUCAGGUACUCACAGCCCCUCCAUGAGGAGAUCGCCCUCCACAAGUACCUGAAACACAGGAACAUCGUUCAGUAUCUUGGCUCCGUCUCCGAGAACGGAUACAUCAAGAUCUUCAUGGAGCAAGUCCCUGGAGGUGUGUCUUUGUUGACCGGGGUGGUAAACUGGUGAUGUGGUUUGGGUCUGAGACUUACCUGUGCAGGUGAAUGAUCGUGGUUCAGGUCUAACGGUGGAGGAGUUCCUGUUUUGACCUCUCACCUGCUGGGCGGUCCCUCUAACCGCCUGGUCGUGUUCCCGUUUCAUGAUAGGUUGUGGACACUCCUUCUCUCCUUUCUCCAGGAAGCCUGUCUGCGCUGCUGAGGUCUAAGUGGGGUCCGCUGAAGGAGGCGACCAUCAUCUUCUACACCAGGCAGAUCCUGGAGGGGCUUCGGUACCUGCAUGAGAACCAGAUUGUCCAUCGAGACAUAAAGGUACGAGAAAGAGCACUGAACAAGAUCAUCUAUCAAGAUCAGAUCUAACAGUGGUGUGUCGGUCAUUUUCAGUGUGAAGGUUCCUCAUUAAUUAUCCAUAGACCAGAUUAAAUGGUCAUAGGUUACUAAUCCUCUAAGACUCUGUGUCGUUUAAUCCUACAGCAUACCGCUAUGUUUUAUAAUCCUGUGUCCUGUCAUGCUAUGUCGCCCCCUGUUAUGUUGCAUCACAUGUUGCAUUAUGAUAUAUCAUGGUGUGAUAUGUCAUGACAUGGUAGGUCAGGAUAUGUCCCAUCAUGAAAUUUCAUGUUAUGUAUCCUCAUGUUUGAUCUUAUCCUGUUAUGUCAUGUCGUGAUAUGUUAUAUCGUGAUGAAACAUAUCAUAUCAUGACACGCCACAUGAAAUUGCAUCAUGAUUAGUCAUGUUAUAAUAUGGCACAUCAUGAUAUAACAUGUCGCAUAGGUGUAUGCUGAGUUAUAUUUCAAGUCAUGAUAUGUGAUGUCAUAAUCUAUCACAUCAUUAUAUAUCGCUGUGUCAGGAUAUGCUGAGUUAGGUCAGGUCACGACAUGAUUUGUCACGAUAUUUCUUGUCAUAAGAUGUCGCAUCAUGAUUUGUCAUGUCAUGAUAUGUUUGGUCAGGUCCCAUCAUGAAAUGUCAUGUUAUGUUGCCUAUAUUGUAUCUUAUCCUGUUAUGCUGCGUCAUGAUAUGUCACAUCAUGAUACAUGUUUUAUCACGAUAUGUCACGAGGUGUCGCAUCAUGAUUUGUUAUGUCAUGAUUUGUCAUGUCAUAUUAUGUCACAUUAUGAUGUAACAUGAUGCAAAAGGAUAUGUUGAGUUAUAUAUCAUGUCAUGAUAUAUGAUGUCAUGAUAUGUGACAUCAUGAUAUAACAUGUUGCAUAAGGAUAUACUGAGUUAUGUCACGUCAUCUACUGUUUUAUCACGAGAUGUCGCAUCAGGAUAUGUUACGUCAUGAUGUCGAGUCAUUUCCCAUCACAAUCUGUUGCAUCAUGAUCUGUCAUAUGUCACAUCAUGAUAUAACAUGAUGCGUCAGGAUAUGCUGAGUUAUGUCACGUCAUCUAAUGUUUUGUUAUGAUAUGUAACGUCAUGAUGUCGAGUCAUUUCCCAUCACGAUCUGUUGUAUCAUGAUCUGUCAGCUCCUGAAUUGUUCCCUCAUGUUAAAUUGUUAUAGUGGAUUAUUGAAUUAUGCGACACUCAUGGUAUUCAGUCCUGUGACAUGAUAUUCUUUAUGUUGUGUUGCUUUGAAUCACAUCCCAACAGGUCAUGUGUUGUCUUGUGUGUCAUGAUAUGUUACCUCAUAACUGCCGUAUUGUGUUACAUCAUGUGACAUCGUCCUGGAUUGUGUUGUUUUGUCAUAUAUUGAAGUUUGAAGUUAGAAGUUUGAUCAUAAUUGAAUUAAUGUUCAUGAUCCAAAAAUCACUUUUUCUGUGUCUGAACCUCUUUUUUGUUUCUUCUCCAUCAGGGUGAUAACGUGUUGGUGAACACCUACAGCGGCGUCCUGAAGAUCUCAGACUUUGGUACCUCCAAGCGUUUGGCAGGAGUCAACCCCUGUACAGAGACCUUCACAGGUAAGUCUUUUUAUCUGUAAUCAUCCCAGUCCCUAAUUUAAUAAACAGGCUUUUACAUAGAUCAAUGUCGGGACCUCAAGUCUGCAGAGGAGGGUUCAUGUGUUGCGAUUAUAGAAACAGAUUCAGAUAAGAUCACCUUUGUCAGGUGUGGUUAACCUUCAAUGAUUAACCUUUAGUUGAUUUAGUCUCUAUCAUUGUAAACAAAGCUGAUCAAUAAUUAUUGACUCUGAUCGUAACUGAAUGAUAAACUCUCCACAGCAUCAGCAGACGGUCAUUUAGUCUUCAGUCUUUAAUGGACUCAUAGAAACGCUCACAGGACCCGUGUAAAUAUCAAAUGACCCUCAAAAUGUCAAAAGCCGCUAUCAGCCGCUAUGGAAACACUCAGACAUGCACAAGUGUGUGUACGAAUGUGCGCACACACACACACACACACACAUAAACACUCAUUGACCAUCUGGCCUUCUCCAGCAGUCAGCGGGGUGUGUAAUUAGAUUAGCUAAUCAAGCAAAGGCAGAAGGGUGUUUACCUUUCAUUAGCAGGUGUGUGUGAGUGUGUGUGUGUGUGUGUGUGUGUGUGUGUGAGUAACCUUAUCUACCUCUGACUCAGUCUUUUUAUGGCGUCUCCUUCUGUUGACAUCAGCGUUUUCACGAAUGCCUGAUCUGCUCAGGAUUAAAACUGAGAGACUGAAUCAAAACUAAUGAGUGAAGAUUCAAUCAUUCAUUCAUUCAUUCAUUCAUUCAUUCAUUCAUUCAUUCAUUCAUUUAUGUGUGUUUAACAUGAAAAUACAGUUUGGUGUCUAGUACUAUGGCUGUGACCUGGUGGUCUGUUUUACUUCCUCCUGUCUUAACGAGACACCCGUAUUAAUUUGAGUCCAUUUCAGCUCUAAACUCCCUACAGGAGCUUUAAAACCUCAUUUUCACUCUUGGGUCGAAUCAGGACUUCCUCCUUUCGUCUCCGCCCCCCUCUGAGGUGGUUCACGGUGGUCUCUCUCUUCUCCUCUCUCUGCAGGGACUCUUCAGUACAUGGCUCCAGAAAUCAUCGAUAAGGGUCCUCGAGGAUACGGCGCCCCGGCCGACAUCUGGUCUCUGGGCUGUACCAUUAUAGAGAUGGCGACUGGGAAGCCCCCGUUUCAUGAGCUGGGAGAACCACAGGCGGCCAUGUUUAAGGUGGGAGUCAUGUGACUGUGAAGAAUCAGGUUUUCAGACCCUGACUCAGUUUUUUUUCUGCUUCUGUGUCACAGGUGGGCAUGUUUAAGAUCCACCCAGAGAUCCCUGAGUCCCUGUCCCUGGAGGCCAAGUCCUUCAUCCUGCGCUGCUUCGAGCCGGACCCUCAUAAGAGAGCCAUCGCCUCGGACCUCCUCAGAGACACGUUUGUCAGACAGACCACGAAGGGGAAGAAGAGCAAGAUCGCCUUCAAACCGUCAGGUGGGAACGAAGCGAGUUUCAUCACAGCGACCUUAAAUCCUCCUGGUUAUCAGUCUGGACCGAGACAAAAAAAUGACCCGGGCAGGAUUAGAUGAUAACAAUAUUCAGAGGCACAAACCGGAGGAUAUAAGUGCGUGUUUUUUCAUUUCAAAAUAAAGUGCAGCAGCGUACAUGAGCCUGGAAACGGGGGUGAGGAAAGGACAACCUACCAUCCAUGUUUUUGUUAUCACCCAGCUCCCCACAACAAAGUAAAACAAGUCCAAAGUCGAUUAUAACAAGUGGACUUGGCAGCACAGUUGUUGUCCCGGUCUGAGCGCCACAUGCUCCUCCAGGGGGCGCUCACACCGAGCGAGAGUAAAACCAUCAACUCGCUUAAUUCUGGACAUGUGAAUGAAGAGUAUUUACUCCGGCAUUACCCCGGUACGUCCACGCCUGGUUAUCAGUCCGGACAGAUUUAGAGACUGAACAUGAUAAAGGGGGAGGAGCUAAUAAAGACGUAACAGCUGCUGCCAUGGCAACACAGACAGACCGAUGAUAGCAAGAGUUUUUGUCCUUUUCCUGGUUUAACAGAGUUUCUAAGCAGAGGAGUCUGCACCAUUAACGAAUCAAGAAACACCAGUAAUUCCUGUACGGGACACAGGGGGGCGCCAAAAAUGACACAAACUGAAAGUUCCUCACUGGAGCUUUAAUUUCAGCCACAUUUACCUGACCAGUCCAGAUUAAAAUUAGGUUUUAAGAUUAAAAAAAGAGGCUUGUCCUGCUCACAAAGAGUAAAAAAACUGCGGAUAGGACCUUUAAUUAGAGUCUAUUCUAGUUUUGAGCAUGUGCAGACAUGCCGUCCUUAUUUUCUCAGAGUUUUUACUGACUUCAAAUAAAAUCCUUCCUUCUCUGAUGUUUCUCCAGACUACAUCCAUAACGUGUCCCUGCCCGUGCAGCUGCAGUGUGAGGCCGCCGGGAGCAGCAGCAGCGAACACGGGUCUGUGAGCCCGGACUGCGACUCCAAACACGACGUUUUCUUCCAGAAGAAGAAAAUCCCGGGAUCUGAGAACCUGCUCAAACCGCCCAACUCCAACUACCUGAGGUCUGUGUGGGGAUUCAGGGGAACUGAAUAUCAUGUCUCAAACUCAGAGGUCCUGAAGGAGAUCUUUACUGACCGCUAACCUCUAAAAUUUAACGUACACAGACUUCCUGUGAUGAUGCACGCUCACUCUGAACGCCUCUGAGAGGGUUCAAACUCCGUCUCACUGCAGGAGAACAUCCUGCCAGGAUAGUUCAGAUCAUGUGUUAUGUUGUGCAUGUGAGUGUGUGUGUAGUUCAGUGUGUGUACUUUGGUGACAGGUGGCCUCAUUGUGCUGGCGGUGCGCUCCGUUGCCUUUAACAACACGGCUAUAAUGAGCUCUGAUAAUUUUAUGAGCUUUAGCUUCAGACACACACGUAAACACACACCUGUAUGUGCACAGACAAGUGUGUGUGUGUGUGUGUGUGUGCUGACUCAUGCUCUCUCUCCACUCUCGCUCCUAAACACACAGAGUAACCAGGAGAAGCUUGUAUCUGUAAAUAAACUCGACACCGUCACACAGCUGUAAAUCAGAGCCUGAUAUCAGACUGCAGUGAGAUCACUCUGUGUGUGUGUGUGUGUGUGCGUGCGCGCGUGUGUGUGUGUUGCAGUGUUCCAGACGAAGGCUCGGUGUCCGAGGACCGCAGCGCCCCCCCCUCUCCUGAGGACAGAGACAGCGGUCUGUUCCUGUUGAAGAAAGACAGCGAGAGACGAGCCAUCCUCUACAAGGUCCUCAACGAAGACCAGGCCAAGGUCAUCUCCAACCUCCGGGAGAACCACAUCCAGGUGGGUUUGAAGUCUGAGCAGGGACCACCAGACCUGCAGUUCACAGACCAGAUGUCCUGAUGCAGACCAGGACCAUGAUUUGUAAAUGAAAAUUAAGACACAAGGCUCUAUUUUCGUGCCUCGCCGGCGGUGUGGCGCAAGUCAAGUCUGUGUGGUACGAGGCAGGCAUCAAAGAAAUGAUGCAGUCGCCCAAAUGAAGCAACAGGAUAUUGCUGCAGACCUGGAGGCUCUCGUGUCAGGACGGGGCGCUUCCUACGGCAAUACUAAAAGGUCAAAAUUCAUGAAAUGAUAAAUCGUACGGCAAUAAUAAAGGGUCAAAAAGGUCAAUUUUCAUAAAACUAUAAAUACAACGGGUGCGUGGGAACUUUUAGAACUACAAUAGAUGGCAGUGAUGGCGCUUACUAGCAAGGUGGGUAUAUACAAUGAACACCGAACAGUUGUCAGUCCGGGGUGGGCGGGGGGUGCCGCACGUUCGUUGGUCUGAGGGAGGGCGGGUCCUGUUAUUCAUUCCAUGUUUUAUUAUUAAAAUGUAUGAUCAUUGUAAUCAUUAAUAAAUCUGCAUUCUCUAAUUGUGUUCUUGAGACUCAAUUCGGUUUCAAUAGACGAUAUGCAUGCCUAGAGAGAAACAAAGAAAAUAAUGGCGGAAGACAGUAUGCCGCCCUCCAAACGCGAGGUAAUUAGCAUACUGACCACCGCCCUCUCCAGCGCUGCCUCCGUUUUUUUGUCUUCUGUGCAAGAUGUUCAUAACAACUACAUCCUACACAAUCUCCAUGUUUCUUUUGUUUAUCGUUAUCGGCAUAAACUUUUGACUCCGGGCUGCUUUCUGUGCUUUUAUUCUGAAAAGUCAUGGCUAGAGGGGCGUGGUUUCUGCGUCCUGACUCGAGAGUCUCCGGGUCUGCAGCAAUACCCGUCUUAAGUGAAGAGUACUUUUUAAUUCCAGACAUGAACAGAAGUUACUUUAACAAACUAUUAAAGGUGUAUUUGUUUACAUACAAUGAAACUGAGUUCAGCUCUUCUCUCUGAUGGGUUAAGUUUUCUUGUUUUCCCUAAAAUAAGUUCUGCUUUUCUUUUUGUCUUUUCAUUUUUCUUUCUUCAUCUAAUUUUUGUUUUGGUUUAUUUUUCAACAAGCAAGAGAGAAAAAAAGCUCCUGUAUGAGCGAAUAAGAGCUCCUGUAUGAAUGAAGUGUAGACUGAGUAUUAUGUAAGUGUGACGUCUAAGUUCAAAAUGGAAAAGAAGAGAAGGACCCGAGGAAGUGGAGUUACUGCAGAUUUUGUGUUAACUAAUGAUGGAUCCAAAACAAAACUUCUUUAGAUUUCAUUGUGCAGUAACUCGUAGAGCCUCUAGGUGGAGCUGCAGUCAUUGUUUUGGAGUCUUGUGUGUCAGGAGGAAGAAGGUAAAUGACUCUUUAGGGUUAGGAGUUUAUUUUAGUGAAGUUUUUGAGUCUUUCUGGGUCAGUCUGUGAAGAAUAAACUGAUCCUGACGUCAGUCCUGGAUCUUCAUGGAUGUUUAUGUUCAGUAUAUAUGUGUGUGUGUGUGUGUGUGUGUGUGUGUUCGUGUGUCUGUACAGGGCAGUGAGGAGCUCCAGCUGUCCGUCGAUCACAUCAAACAGAUCAUCUGCAUCCUCAGAGACUUCAUUCAUUCCCCGGAGAGGCGUGUCAUGGCCGCCACCAUCUCCAAGCUCAAGCUGGACCUGGACUUUGACUCCACCUCCAUCAACCAGAUCCAGCUGGUUCUGUUCGGCUUCCAGGACUCGGUCAGCGAACGCGUUCUGAUUAUAGAUCAGUGGAUGUAUGAACGCUGAAAACUGACCUCUCCGUGUUUCUCUCCGCCGUCUUCAGGUCAACAAAGUCCUCAGGAACCAUCACAUCAAACCUCACUGGAUGUUCGCCAUGGACAACAUCAUCCGGCGAGCUGUGCAGGCCGCCAUCACCAUCCUCAUACCAGGUGAGAGCGUCAGGCGGCUGCGCUCUAAAUUGACCGUUCACUUCCUGUGUGUCUUUACAAAACUAUCCGGGUUAAAUACUCACAUGUCAUAACUUUGACCUUUGACCCUUCAGAGCUGCAGACCCACCUGGGCCCGGCGUCGGAGUGCGAGGGAGCGGAGAAGGAGGACGAGGUCGACGAAGAGGAAGCAGAGUUCGGUCCGGUUUUAGCUCCUCACGCCGACGACUCCGGGGCGACCGCCGACCCCAUCCACUCCACAUCCCUCACGUUAAACUCCGCCCACUCCCAGGAGCACCAGCGCUCGCAUCACCAGCUCGGGGCGCAGCUGGGGAGGCUCAAACAGGAAACCAACAGGUACGGACAAAGCGUCAAAGUGCGGCAGGAAACGAAAACAGGAGGUCAGACUCCUCCUGUUUUUACACGAUGAUGCUUUUAUUUUGAAAUCGUGUCCAUGAUGCUCGCGGCGUUCGACCCUGAAAUGAACAUCGUUAGAAAAAAACUUGUCACAUGAUCCUAGCCAUGUGUUCUUGUUGAGCUGCGGCACCCCGCUGUAGUCCGUAAUGGACUGGCCUGAGGUCUCUCUACAAACAAGCGUCUGCUGGAAGAGAGUAGGUGAGUUGUGUUUAGUCUCUUUGCUAAAGAAAUGAGUCAAAGUUAAAAAGAUGUUUGGUGUCUAGUACUAUGUCUGUGACCCUAUAUGUCCUGUUGAUGAAGUUAGGUGCUGUUCUGAGCAUUAUUCGUGGCUAUAGAGUGGCGUUUUGGUUGGGGGCGUGGCUCUCUGUAUUUCUAUCCUGCGGUCGUUACUAAAGUUGGUAUAACUAGAGAAGAAAGCGGUCGACAACAUUCAUCUCUGGAGGGGGGGUCUAACUCGAUGGGUUUGACCCUAAAUUAAUUUUACACCGGAAUAUCCCUUUAAAACUGAGUUACAGCAGAGGGAGGCAGACAGCACAAAGAAAUGCAGUCAGUGGACACAGGCCCUUGAGCUAAUCUAAGUACAGUGAGUGCAGUAAUAAUAGAGGACAUGCUGUUCAGGAAAAGGAGUCCUUUUGUUGCAAAAUAUCUUUUUCACUAAAAACUAAAGUCGUGCCAAAAAACCUGAUUUACAACAUGUCAAAAAAAAACUUUGGCAAAUGCAGAAUGUGCUCGAAGAAACCCAAAGCCACCGCCUUCAAAAUAAAAGUCUGCAGAGCUUCUCUUAAAUCACGACAAACUUUUGCAGAAAGAAUCUAAAGUUUCUGAAACCGAGUGAAAGUGAACGAUUUCCAGUAAAUCUGAACAGUGAAGGGUGUUUUUUUUUGUUGGAGGGAACUUGAGAUGAGGAAGUGUUGAUUUCAGGGUGUUAGCUCUAACUUUCCUACACACACACACACACACACACACACACACACACACACACACACACACACACACACAGGAGAGAGAUAUCGCUUUAAGGCAGACUCACUUGGUUUGAAUUGGAGUCAAGAAUUUGAGCUGUCUUAAACACACACACCAAAAUAAACACACUUACACACCCACACACCUGCUCACAGUAGCUUGUAUACCUCCAGGGAUGUGUGUGAUAAAGGAGAGUUAUUAUCAGUAAUUAUCCCACAGAGUGAUUUUAGCGCACACACACUCUGGUUAGAGAGAUUGUGGUUAUGUAAAAAACUUCAGCUGCAGAACCUGAUCAGAGUUUUUCAAAUAAACAAACGGAGAGUCCUGGUUCAGGUCCCAGUGAAGGUCCAGUUUCUUCCUCAGGUGGUCUUUACUGAACACAGCUGAUCAUGAAGACAGAGCAACAAAAACAUACGGGGAUUAAAUCACUGCACGCUCUCAAACGUUCACCUAUAAAUGUGUUCCCCAAAAACUCUGUUAUUAUUUUAUUUUGAAAAAGCUUCAACAUGAAUUUCAGAUUAUUUCAUUAAAGGGAUAUAAGUUAACACCGAGUUAGACCCCCCCCCUCCAGAGAUGAAUGUUGUCGACCGCUUGCUUCUCUAGUUAUACCAACUUUAGUAACGACCACAGGAUAGAAAUACAGAGAGACACGCCCUCAACCAAAACGCCACUCUAUAGCCACAAAUAAUGCUCAGAACAGCACCUAACUUCAUUAUGGACUACAGUGGGGUGCCACAGCUCAAGGAAGAACAUGUACGAUCAUUUCUUCAUGGAAAUACAAUCAGACUGAGACGCUAAGUCAGAAGAACUACUGCGUCUGCAGAGAAAAAUGAUUAAUAUGAUGAUUAUUACUUUAAGGAAAUGAUAAAGUGAAGAUCCCCAAGCGUCCCCCAUGGUUUAUGUUGACCCGGCUUUUUAGCUCUUGUCCGGUCUACCUCCGUUUUAAGCGCCCGUUAUUCCUCCAGAGUCUCCGGUAUUUACUUUGUUUUCUUGCUUGUGUCGGCAGUCGUGGCCAAAGGAGGAUUCAGACAAUUUUCCGAACUUUCUGGUUGGUUUCUACUGUCCGAUAUUGUAGCACGCUAACUUUGUUUGGGCUCCUGAACGACACGGGGGAGCAGCGUCUGCCUCACAACCAAUCAGGUUAGAGGAGGUGGAGAACGGCUUUGUUUACAGUCAGAAAGAGCGGACCGCUCAAAAAUGUUCAAAUGUUGACGACACAGACAGAAGAGAACACAGAGAUAUCGAUAUAUUACCAAAUGUCAUCAAUAACUAAUAACUAUUGACUGAUAUUAGAAGAUUUUUGUAAAUACACCACAAAAAAAAAGCUUCUUUAACGAAAUCCUGCCUAUAAAUUAAAUCUGUAAAAUCAAAUACAGAUAAUCAGCUGAUAAUCGGCCAAUCACUGCUCUCCACAGAUACAAAAACUGUUACCUAAAGGGUUUUUGGAGGAGGAGGAGGAGGAGGAGGAGAUGUUUUAUUGUCAUUUCACUUGUGCACAACGAGAUUGUUCCAGAGAUCCAGAGUCAGUCUGAGACGCAGUUUGCUCCAAAUUCAGGAGAUAGGACGGUGUGGAACAGAUCAUACUUCAGAUUUACUUUCAGAUUUACCCCAUGCUUUCACCACUCAGAUAUGUGUGUGUGUGUGUGUGUGUGUGUGUAGGGGGGGAUGGGGUGUUGCUGAAAUAGUAAACAUACCAAAGGCCUGACUAGACCUGGAGGAAAUCCUCGUCCUGGAGUUCACCUGAAGUUUCUUUGUUCUCUGAACUGAAUCAAAAGUUAAAAAAACAGAAAUGUUGUUAAAGUCAGAGUCGAUCAUUUCUGCACGACCUCAAAAGUUCAGCUGUAAAGAAGUUUGUUUGAAAAUGAUCCGUCAGAGGGGAGGAUUUCAUCAGAGGGGGUUUUCUGAGCCCGGAGGUGAUCCUGUCCUGAUUAUAAUCUGGAUUUGUCAAUUUAAACCUGGAGAUUCACUCUUGAGGCGUAGAGCUGACUGACAGUGAUGAUGGAUGAUGAAAUCCUUAAUCAGUGUUUACAGUUAUGUACGUUUCCAUUAACAUGUUUGUGUCGUUUUUGUUUCUUCACCUGUGAGGAAGUAGAAGUGAAGCGACAGUAUCAACCACGUAUGCAGGGCCGAGCUGGAUCUUGUUGAUCUGCUCAAACCGGUCUGUUCGCCGUGUCUGUCGAGCAAACUUUAAAAAAAAGUUUCCCUUUAUCAGGUAAACGUGGAAAAACACCUGAGAUGUAAAGAUGAACAUGUCUUUGUCUCUGUGGUGCCCCCUGCAGGCUGCUGGAGGAGCUGCUGCAGAAGGAGAAGGAGUACCAGCAGGUCCUGAAGGCCACCCUGCAGCAGCGAACCCACGACCUGGACCUGGUCAGAGUCCGACACAAACCUCCAGGUAGACACACGGACUCACAGACGGUUUGGUUUUUUGCUCCUCCUCCUUCUCUCCUCGCUGAUCUCCAUUUCUCCUCAGACGUCUCCCCUCCCUCCAUCUUCCACAUCCCGGCCGACCACGAGCCGGACAAGCAGCUGACCGACUGGCUGAAGGAGCAGGGCGCCGACGCCGACACUGUGGAUAAGGUGGAGCGUCUGAUGGUCUUCAAACGUCCGUCAUCUUCAGACCUUCUGUGUCUUAAACGAGUUUGUGUUUUUGUUCCAGUUUGUUCUGGAGGAAUACACGCUGACCGACAUCCUGAGUGACGUCACCAAAGACGACCUCCGCUGUCUGCGUCUGCGGUAAACCUGCUCCUCUGACCUUUGACUUCUGAUGACGACACACCAGAACCAUUUUCUGGAUCUGUUCUCGAGCUCAUGCUGUGAUUUAAACUACAGAGUCACAGUAUCAGUUCUCAGACUAACCCCCAAUUUCUGACGCAUCUGGAACGGCUGAGAUUUUUGCCGUCCGCCAAUUCCUACCAGAUCAGUUUGUGAGGCGAAUUUCACGGUAAUCGCACGAUAACGAGUCGUCUCAAUGAAGACAGACACAUAGACAUAUAAGCAGUAGAUUGUGUCCUUCCAGAGGAGGAAAUCUACUUCUAGACUUCUAGAAUCAGCAUCUCCUCAGAGUGUUUUAUUUUGAAAAGAAGCCGGAUGUUUUAUUUUGUAUCUGUGCCCGACUUCCUUUCCGGCACGGUUUUCCAAGUCGUUGUUAAUCUGGCUAACAACGACUAACAAUCACUGACAACGGCGAGCAAUAGCUGACAAAUGGUAACGACAACUGACAACGACUAACAACCGCCAACAACGACUAACAACAGCUGACAAUGGUUCGCAGUAAGUGUCUGUCUUGAUUUUCCGACUUGUUUACUGAACGCCAGUAAAACUCGUGUGUAACGUCAUUCCCAGAUCCGACAUCCGACUUCCAAAGUAACCGGAACGCAUCAUUAGAAAAAGUGGCGAGAAUCUCUUCGACAAUAACCACGGGAACCUGAACUUUUCACGUCUUUUUUUUCUGCUUUAAGCCUCUUUAGUUUCCCUCCAUGAAAUCUCAAAUUUGUUCAAACCGCCAUAUUUGGUUUUUCCUCCUCUCAGGGGCGGAGUCCUUUGUCGCAUCUGGAGAGCCAUCCAGCGACACAGAGAGCGCGAGAGGAUGAGGAGCGACGACCACUCAGAGGAUGAUGCAUGAUGGGAAACAUUUCAGGAGGACUCUCUCUGUGCAGACAUUUGCACACAUCUGCACUCUCUCCC